CACAAAAUGGUACUUCUGCCUUCCCAAUCAAAGAAAGAAUCAUCAGAUUCUGAUCAAUCUAACUCUAAACAUAUUUCCUCAGAUUCUUCAUCAUCAUUAUCUUCAAGGUCAUUUUCUUCCCUCUACUCACAGCCAAGUCUGCUAUCUGUUCCUUCUCUUUCUAUAUCAUCUUCUCAAUUUGAACAUCUCUCCAACACCUACCACCACUGUGCAGCUACACUCACAGGCCAUUCCUCCUACAUAUUCUGCUUAUCUCUCGCUGGAAAUUACCUCUACAGCGGCUCUUCUAAUGGCGAAAUCCUCGUUUGUGAUACAAAUCCUUCAAUACAGGACAAUUAUUCAACACAAACCAUUGUUUCCCAAAGUUGCAGCGCAGUCAAAUCCAUAGUCAUCUUGGGAGAUAAACUCUUCAGCGCCCACCAAGAUCAUAGAAUCCGAGUAUGGAAAAUUGACAAUGGUACGCCUAAUAAAAAAUACAAGUGCAUUACCACCUUACCAACACUCAACGAUCGUUGUAUGAAGCUUUUUUGGACAAGAAACUACGUACAAGUGCGUAGACACAAGAAAUGCACAUGGGUACAUCAUGUUGACACGGUGUCAGCUUUAGCCUUAUCCAAAGAUGGCUCUUUGCUUUACUCUGCUUCAUGGGACAGAACUUUUAAAGUAUGGAGAACUUCAGAUUUCAAAUGCAUAGAAUCAGUAUGGAAUGCACACGAUGAUGCUAUCAACUCCAUAGUUUUAUCCAAUAAUGGACAUGUUUACACUGGGUCAGCAGACAAGAAAAUCAAAGUAUGGAAGAAACAAGAAGACAAGAACCAUACCCUAGUGGCUACUCUAGAGAAGCACAAAUCAGCAGUGAAUGCAUUAGCUCUUAGUGAAGACGGUUCUGUUUUAUACUCUGGUGCUUGUGAUCGAUCAAUAGUUGUAUGGGAGAAAGAGAGCAGUAGUGCUGGACAGAUGGUGGUGUCAGGGGCAUUAAGAGGACACAAAAAAUCUAUUUUGUGUUUGGCUGUUGUUUCUGAUUUGGUAUGCAGUGGAUCAGCUGAUAAAACUGUGAGAAUAUGGAAGAGAGGAUUUGGAAAAAGUUAUUCUUGUUUGGCAGUGUUUGAAGGGCACAGUGGUCCAGUUAAGUGCUUGACUGCAGCUUUAGAUAGUAGUAUAAAAGAUGAUUCUGGUUCUGGAAAUUCUUACCUGCUUUAUAGUGGUAGCUUGGAUUGUUAUGUUAAGGUUUGGAAAUUUUGGGUUCCUAAUUACCUCUAGAAUUCAUCUAUGCAUACCUUUUUACCUUUAUCAUAGUACGAUAUUGUAACUAUAAAAA